AGGGACACACAGCUCCUCCUGCACCAUGCCCGCCUUCUCCUACCUCCCCCAGGCGCCAGGCAGCGCUCACACCCACUUCAGACCCAUGUGCAGCCCGGAGAGGAUCGUGCCCAUCCGCCUCCUCCAGCCAAGCUUUGGGGGGUCGGGGUUCAGCAUGCAGAUCUCUGCCCCCCAGCUCCAGCAGAGCCAGGAGCCCCCGCCGUCCUCCUCCUCCUCUCCAGAUCUGCAUUCAUGGCUGAGCGAUAUGGUGCAGCAGGAAAGCCUCCGAUCAGCAUCGCCAGAGGAGGGGGGAAGAUACUGGCGACCCAGCACCUCGUCCCUGCAGCCGGCCGAUCAGGGCCCCAGGGGCCCCGCCGAUUCUCCCCAGGAGCGCCUGGCCUUGCAUUUAGCGGAGCUGGAGAAGCAGGACAAGUAUCUCCGGGAGAAGAAUCGUUAUCGCUUCCACAUCAUCCCCGACGGUAAUUGCCUGUACCGGGCGAUCAGCAAGGCCAUGUACGGGGAGCAGAACCUGCACUCGGAGCUCCGGGAGCGCACCGUCCACCAUGUGGCCGACCACCUGGACACCUUCAACCUCAUCAUCGAGGGGGACAUCGGGGAGUUCCUCAUCAACGCCGCCCAGGAUGGAGCUUGGGCUGGAUACCCAGAACUGCUGGCCAUGAGCCAAAUGCUCAAUGUCAACAUCCACCUGACCACAGGAGGUCGCCUGGAGUGCCCCACCGUGUCCACCAUGGUGCACCACCUAGGAGAAGAAGACCCUUCCAGGCCCAGCAUCUGGCUAAGCUGGCUCAGCAAUGGUCACUACGACGCCGUGUUUGAAGAACCCCUGCCCAAUCCUGAAUACGAGAGCUGGAGUAAGCAGAACCAGGCCCAGAAACACCGAGACCAAGAACUGGCCAGGUCCAUGGCCCUUUCCCUGUCCAAAAUGUACAUUGAGCAGAACUGCUCCUGAGAUGGAUCCCUUGAACCUUGAGGAGAUGGAGAGCCCUCCAGCACUUUAAACCUUCAUAAAACCCGCAGACUUGAGGCCUUAUGGUUGUUUUGUGUGAACCCCCCGCGUUAUUUCUGCUGGUGGCUCCAUCCCUGAGGGUCCAUGGUGGAGCGGUUUGUACCGGAAGUCUCUUCUGCUACAUUGUGUUUACUAGGUGGCCUUGUGGAGGAGAAGUGGACACUUUGUAUCAGUCUGGGCGGAGGGGGUGGGGCAGCAGCAUGGCGAGGGCUCCUUUCUUCUGUGUUGCAGCUCAGUAUUUAUUGACUAUAAUUCCUAUUUUUCAGGUUUUUUGUAAUAUUUUUUUGGGGGG